AUGUUCAUUCCAGGAAUUGUCCAGGCCUUGAUCGCGGCCCUUACCUUUGGCACUAUUCUCAACGCCGCACCUGCCGCCGUCUUUCUUUUCGCAAAGGGCCAUGGCUCAAAAAUCUUUCGGGACGGCCUGAGGCUGGUCCUCAUCACAUUCCUUGCUUCUGCAGCCCUGUGGGCUCAAAUCGACUUCGCUGCCCUCACCAUCGAUCCGACUUCGAUCGCCGGGUGCCAAGUCGUCGUAAUAUUUACUUCCAUCUUCGAUCAGUUGGCUCGCUUCGCUAUCGAGCAAUAUCUACUAUGGGCCAUCAACUCGAAUACCAAGGCGCCUUCAGGCACGAUGAUUCCCCAAGCCGUUCUUGGAACGCGUUUUGUGUUGGGCGCAGUAUUCGUCGGCUUUCAGAAGCCACAAAUCAAUACCGUCUGUGUAUCUAGACUUGAUGUAUUGCCCGUCGGAAUUAUCAUCGUCAUUGCAGACUUUCUCAUCCUCAGCAUGCUUGUUAUCAGAGCGAGCUCCCUCGGUCUUAUUAAGGAGGCUAAGAGCGGCCGGGACGAUGCUCGCAGCAAAAAAGCCGUCUUGUGGACUAUGGGAGGACUCGCUGUGUGGGCUGCGGGAAGCAUUCCGAUGCUGUUGGGCAUCGAUUCUAUCGACUUAAUCUGGAGGACAGCACUUCCAGCCACAGCUCUUUCGCUCCUAAUCGGCAUCAUAACCGCAUUUUCUGACUCUCUACUCCCCGUUCGUCCGCAGCAGGCCACUCACCCUGAUGCGCAGUCCCCUCGUAACAUGAACUCGACUAGAGACCUUAGUUCGUCAGACUCCGACUAUCCACCAACCCGAUACGAGGACCUAAAGGGUGGCACCAUCACCACCGUCACCACCUUUUCCGAUUCGAGAGAUGGCCUUCGCCCCGAACUCAAGGCUGGAGGUGGUGGUGCACUGCCUGUCAUUGCUGGAUCGGUGCCUGGCCAGGCUGUGACCGGGGUUGGCGGUGUUCCUGUUCAAGGUCAACUAUUCCCCCCAAUUCGUGCGCAGACAGCUCCAGUAAGAGACGGUCAGCGGAUGGAGACCAUGCCCAAAAUCUUGCAGAAAAGGAGCAUUUUUGACAGAAUUGGGCCGGGGGCGGGCAUCAAGAACGCCAUCUCGAAUCCAAUUCUCCAGGAGGACGGAGAGCGAAACCCUCUCAGCAAAAUAGCGACCAUUGAUCUGGCGACUGCGGCAAAGAACGAUAGGGAGAGAAGAGAUAACGACAUGGCAACAAUGCAGAGACCUCCCAGCCUGAUUGCGCAACGACCUGCCCCUCAACCACCUGUCAUCACACCGGAAGACGCCCUCAAGAGAGCUCAGAGUACGAAGCGGAAAGAGAUCGGGCCUACAUCGCCUGCAGUAGAGCCGCAACCUCUCAAGUCUGCCGGCCUGAUGUCGAACCCCCCGGCGACAACGUCUUCUGCUCAACUUUCUCCUGGGGUGGAAGAGAUUCGACGGAGAUCGCCUCUUCAAAUGCCAGAGACCGUUCAACAAAACGGUAAAGAGAAGGAAACCAGACUGACAACGCCGAAGCAAGCAGGGUCAGUGAACUCCAUUUCGCCGCCUCGUCCUCCGCGACCAGAAAGACCGCUGAGCCCCUUCGAAACAAUGGAGAGGACUGGAAGCCAACGCACGCUAGACAGGUCAGUCAGCCAGAAGUCGGGAUCUAGUGUCAUCCGGACCAUAUCGCCUUCUACCUCCCUCGUCCCGCCUCCUCCCCCUAAGAGCGCUGCCCGCUUGAUGUCACCAAAAAAGCCGGACCUUCCGUCAACCUGGCCUAUUCAAUCUUCCGUCGACCCCACGAUCCGACCAUCCCGGAACAAGCCUCCGUCACCGAAUACCCAAGAUGGUGCAAGCGGAUCUGGUUUGCAACGACGGCCGACUACGGCUGGUCUUCCCUCUAAUCCAAGAGCGAUGACCAUGAGGCCUCUGCCCAAAGAUGCUGCACUUUCCCAAGAACAGACCGUCAUGUUCGUAAACAACAUUCAGUAUAACGACCCCACGGCAGUGCAGAACAUUAUUCAGGGAGCCGCGAACCAAGCAGCUAAGACGCCUCUCUCGUUUCAGUCUCCAGGACCAGCACUCAAGUCUUCGGGUUCCAUCGUCCAUCGACCGCGGCCUAUUCCUAGACAGCUAGGCAAAGACCGUCAAAUAUUCCCUGCCGAAAAUACUGUGACCCAUAGGCGAAGCAAGUCGGGAGGUUCCAUCAUGAGCAGGAAAUCAAUCUUGUUGUCAAAUCCGGGAAGUCCAACUCAGUUGCCUCCUCUGCCACCGCCACCGAAGAGUGCUGGCAACCCUGUUCGGCCGCUGCCGAACGAUACAAAGAGCAUGACCUUCGAUGAAAAGAUGAACCUCUUCUUCCCUGGGUCAUCCAACAAGUCUGAUGAAGGCAUGAAACACAGGCAAUCAAUUCCCGAGAUUCCCAACCUUCCGGCAGCCUAUAAGCUUGGAAGUAGUGUAAUCGUUGAAGAUAAGGGAGGAUGGGAUACCGAAAGCAGCCAUGAUCAGUCCAAGCAGUCUGACCGCUCGACCAAGACUUCAGUUCGCACCCAGAGUAUUCUCGAGAUUGAUGGGCCAUCGAAUCACAUGGAUUAUCCUCGCAACACGUCUAAAUUCAGCAUCGACACUUCUGUAAUCACUGGCAAAGGUUUUACUGACGAACACGAGUCCUGGAUACCUGAUAUUCCUACUGAAGAUCGUGCCCGGUCCGGAAGAUCAUAUGAUGGAGCCAAGCGCCAGUCAUCACCAGUCCUGCCUAUUCGAAACCCUAGUCUCUCUGAGUUCAGCGAAGCAAGGACCCGUGAUGAGGAGACAACGACAAAUUGGGGAUCCAUCCAUUCGCCUGCGGCUGCAGUGAACAUUCAAGAAGUCACACACAUGCUUAAACCGACUUGGAUCGGGCCUCGCGACGUGUCCAUGAUCAGUCACAACGACGGCAAAGAGGUGAUGACUAUCAUGCUAGAUGCAUCUGUUGAGCAUGAGAGAGAGUUGCAAGGUUCUCCUAAGCGCGACAGAGCUGCUAGUGAGCUAGAUUUGACUGUGGCCGGUGGCAGUGCUCCCUGGCAUCGUCGUAUCGGCGAUGAAUGCGUGACAUUCUCCGAACGCAAAGAAAAGGUCAAUUCACGCCGAAUGCCACCGCCAAUGCCGCUGCAGCUCAAGUCAUUUGUCCAGAAGAAUGCUGUCGUGUUGCAAGUGGCAGAACCAUCCCCAAUCGAAUCACCGCAGCAAGCCUACGAGAUGAUUCAAGCGCAACUCAAGAAGUUAGAGGAACCGAACAGAGACUCUUAUGAGAGUCAAGGGCAACGAAUCCGUUUGCUGGAAUCCCUAGAGGCGGAAAUGGGACAGCAAGAAAAUCAAUGGCAUGAGAUGCAGCAUGGUCUGAGCCGCAAUUCCUUUUCGACAGUUGGAACAGCUUCGGUCCGUAAUUCGCAGAUGGAUUCAUCGAACUUGGAUUCGAACUCAAAGGAACCCUCACAGCACUCAAAUAUCGCUGCAGAUCGGCGUGCGUCUCGCCGCGCUCGGAUGCAGAGCGGCAGCAGUAUCACUAAAUCUUCGUACGAAGACCUCAGAAGCGCCUCGUCUACUUCGUCAGAGAACAACAAUCGUACUAGCCUCUGGCAGCAGCGGCUUGCUGACGCGCAAAUGGAAUAUAUGGAGAAUGCUACUGAACUGUUGGCGAAGCGAAACCUGAAUUUUCUGUCUGUCUCAAAGGCACGUGUGAGUGCGCAGUUGGGCAGUCCUACCCCACCGGACACCGAUGAGUCCGACGGCGGUGACGCUCAGAUUCUCGCGAGGCUCAUGCCGAAGGAGCGAGCUGCACCUGAUGGACGCCUUUGGAAGCCCCUCUCGCCAGUUUAUUUUGAGCGCGAACUGACCUUGCUAUGGGCCCCUGCACCCGAUGUCGCGACUAAGCCCUUGCAGAGGGGUAUUGGCGUUGUACUGCCUGGCCUAUCUGUUCGCCCCGCGACUCGUAAAACCUCCGAACCUCUAACUAUUGAAAGUACCCAGCUUUGGCACCAAGACCACACCGCUGCUAAAAAGCUGCGCAAUUCCACAUUUGGAUUAUGGCGAACGUCUUUUGUAGCGUCUUCUACUCCUGAAGCACCCAAGCCUCAACUACGUCCAGUAACACAACGUCCUCCUCGCCGAAGCAAACGCAUUACCCUUCUCCCCGACAUCAUCGAGAACCCAGUGCCUCUACCAGACAAGCGCGGCACUCUGGGCAUCUUCCAGUUCCCUUGGGGUGAGAAGUCUGACACUGCGAUCGUUCAGCCGCGGCCCAGUCACACCUUUAUGGCGAUGCCCGGCACCAUGUCAACCGGUGGACCAGCAGUGCGCGCAGCCUUGGAGGCUCGCGCGAAGCAGCUCGAAAGUCAAGAAUAUUCAUCGUCUUUCUUCGAUGACUAUGAUGAGGAAGAAGAGGGCGAUGAUCAGGUGUCGGACCUUGAGGAUGACGAGAGCGAUGACGGCUUUGACGAAACCACACUCUGGGAAAUAGCUAGUCUUUUGCAGUCUGAUCAAGUGCCGUCCAAGAACAGCCUGCUCCCUCAGCCAACACACUACCGGCCUGAUUCGCUCGUGGAGGAAGACAUCCCCCAGAACACUUUGGAGCAAACCUCCCAGGACACAAAGACAGCUGAAAUGGAGGAUGAUACCAAGCAUGAUUCGAUGGUUAUCGCCGUCGCUGUCGAAAAAUUACCAUACCCCGCGAAACCAUCGUCCAUGCUCUGGACAGGAAAGCCCAAGCGCUUUGUUAGUGUCCGUCAAUUACCAGGACUUCCGCAGCCGGAUGCGCGCACAUGGGCAACUUACGUGGGCACAAUGGACGCCCCUCCUCGCGUCCAGUCUCGUCUUCCCGAACCUGCAAUGAUUCACAGCACUUCUCUGUGGAGCUUGCCUGCGCCUUCAUUAAUACGUAAGCCAAGCGGAAAUAAGCUCUGGGGUCUACCACAGCAGCAGCAACAGCCACCAUCGCCGCAAUCACAGCAACAGUCCAAGUCAAAGGCGACGUUGCUGUGGGCUGCCCGGCCCGCACCUGUCGAGACAGUAUCCGACGGACUUUUCGACCCCAGCCACAGGCGUGUUACUUUCAGGACAACUUCUGCACCUGCCAUCGGCCUUUUCAUGCCCUCAACAGUCCGUAUAACGGUAGAAGCACUCCCCGUCCUCACUUCAAGUAGUCUCUGGCAAUCACAGCAGAAGCCAACCAAAAGCCUGUGGACGGCUCCAGUCGCAGUUGUCGAGACGGCAUGUGAGGGGCUGUUUAAUGCAAGCCACAAGCGCGCUACUUUCAAGAGGACCUGCGCGGUGCCUGUUGGCCUCAGUAUGCCUUCAACAGCACAUGUGACCAAGGAAGUGUUGCCCACUCUUACUUCUACUCGCCUCUGGGUUGCCUCCUCUGUUGUACUGCAGGCCCAUAACUGGAUAUCUAUCUCAUCUAUUGGACCUAGCUCGCCGUCAUAUGCUGCAAUGUCUGGACGAUCAACCCCCACCUUGGAUACCGCAUCUACAAGGUCUGUUGCAACGGAGGCUGUUUCAGAUUUUGAUCCCCUCCCAGAACUUGUCGUGAAGCAGCCUACAUGGUGGGAAACAUCCACCGAAGCCAGCUCCACUGGCGAAGUAGUGCCCCGAGAACACCUACUCCGCACUCAAGCCACCGCUGCGGACUGGGAACUCGCUCUUAACGAGGCAAUAGGCGCUUCCUCAACCACUGGUCACUUGGUCCGUACCGCUGCCAGUUCGGCGCAAUGGAUAGAAGCGCUAAACGAAGCUAUCACAGCGUCAAAGAACGUCACUGAGGUCUUAGUCGAGGCAGCAGAGCACCAGUUAGAGCAGCAUCAGGAACAACAAGACUUUUCGCAGCCAGAAUUUGAACAGCAACCGUCCUUUGAGCGUCAAGAUCUGGAACAACAGCAGUAUGAGCAGCAAGAGUACGAGCGGCGGCUGUUUGAACAGCAGCAAUAUGAGCAACGCCUUUUUGAACAGCAGCAGUAUAACCAACGACUACUAGAGCAGCAAAUGUAUCAGCAGCAGCAGUAUUAUGAGCAGCAGCAGCAACAGCAGCAGCAGGUGUACGAGCCUCAAUACCACUCGCAGUACGAACCGCAAUAUGAACCGCAGUAUGAGCAACAGGUCAAUUCACUGUCUGAGGAACAGCAGCAGCCGUUUGAGCAGCAAACUGAGUCUGAGGAAAACAUGAAGCCUGUAGAAUACGAACAAGAAUCUAAGCCAGAGCAAGAGCAGGAGCAGGAGCAAGAGCACAAGUCCCAGCCGGAAGCGACGAUAUUGUUCUCUCUCUGGUCCGCCCCUGAGGUUACCAUUAGAAAAGACAUGGGAAUCAUGUGGGUUCCACCAGCAAAGUCCAUCCGCCACGUACACGAUACUACCCCUCUGACGCCAGAGGACUCCAAGUCCCGUGAAUUGCGUCUCAAGCGUUCCAAAACGCAAGUUACAAAUGCCGGCCCGGUCAGCUUUGUGGACCAGGGCAUGUGGAACCGUUUUUACGGUGCCGAGCUUCAGCGCAUUGUUCCCCUCGGCGGCGGACGUAACUGGGUUAUGGGCGAUGCACAACCCCGUGUCUCAAAGGUCGCCUUCCGCUACUGA